CGCGCAGCGACAUGAGCGCCGGAAACGGCACGCGCUCAUCCUCAUCAGCACCGCAUGCGGGAUUAAUACCGCGCCGCACUCAGCACAGCACCGCACCGCACCGCACCGCGCGCGGACAUCAUCACCAGUGGAGUGAGCUGUGGAUGGAGAUGCAGCGCUGAGCUCAGCCCGGAUCUGAAGGUGAUGAGUGUAAUAAUCCCAAUCCUCCGGUAAAGAUUAAGGUGUGGCCGGAAACAGGAGCGCGAGCUACAGUUCGGUGUGAUAAAUAUGAAGCGUGAGCGUUUUAAACCUCCGGAGCCGGAUGAUCCAUUUUGCUGCUGUGACUGUGAGGAAGUGGAUGAUGUGUGUGAAAGACUUCUCUGUAUGGAUUGGGAGAAGCCGUUCCCACUCUCUCGCUUCCUUCCGGCCCAUGUGGACCUCUCCAUUCUUCCUCCCAUGGUUCUACUUCCUGUUUUGCUGCGUGUAGCGGCACUGCACUGCAUGCUGGGAGUCGUGGUCCUGACCGCACUUCCUCUCCUGGUACUCUGGUAUUACUACAUUACUCACCGCAAAAAGAGACGCACACUGUUCUUCCUCACACUUGCCCUCUUCUCCCUCGCCUACAUGUACUUCCUGUUCAUCACUGAGAUCUUGCCCCAGGGCAAUGUGGGUAAUCGGCAGGUGGUUACCGUGACAACGGGCCUGAUAAUGACACUUGUCUCUCUUGCACGCACAAAACAUGGCCCCGGGUUUGUCCGAGCUGAUCCCACCUGUCCCAUCUCAUAUAGAGGCCCCGCCUACUGUAAUGGAGUCAGCCAAUCAGAAAGUCCAGGUGGUAAGAAGUGGUGUCCUGUAUGCCGAUUGGUGCGUCCAGAGAGGGCGGGGCACUGCAGGAUCUGUGGGGAGUGUGUGUUACGCAUGGACCAUCACUGUGUCUGGAUUAACUGCUGUAUAGGACAGGCCAAUCAUAAGCACUUCCUGUUGACGCUCCUCCUCUUCCUGACGACAUCACUGUAUGGGAUCAGCAUGGUGCUGAAGAGUGUGUGUCCACGCCAGAGUGUGUUUAUUGCUCCAGUCUACUGUCCAGGAGUGUACAACCAGUACAGCACGGCGUUGUGUUUCACCUGUGUGUGGUACAGCUGUAUCGUCACAGGUGUGCUGUUUUACCUUUUCAUCCUGCAGCUGGUUAACGUGAGCUGUAACGUGACGGAGCGUGAAGUCCACAUUGCUUUACGCAACCGAACUGCGCGCUCCCGCUUCUGUGGCAUCAUCGUGGAAACGGGCACGUAUACACGUGGCUUUGUGAACAACUGGAUCGAGUUCUUCACCAUGAAUGCACACUACAGAGCUUCACACACACACACUGUAUAACCCACAACUCACAUGUGCUGUUUAUACUUUCAUCCAGGAAACUGUCCAACUGCAGCAGUGCAUUCUGGGUAAUCAGAGCUGCUGAAACCUGCAGUGAUGUCACUUGGGUGUUUAAAUAAGGCUCAGGAUAGUGAGGAUAUUUAUAAAAACACACACACACACACACACACACAGUCUUAUCCACUCAGGUGAAUUUUUACUCUUGAAUGUUAACUUAUUUUUUUUCCCAAAUCUGGAAAAGACCAAAGACAAAAGCAACAGGAACAAUCAGAUGUUUUUAAUAUCAAUCACAAGCCAUAUUUGAAUUCUAAUAUAAAAGCAAUAGAAGCACAACACUUACACUCGUAUCCUACAGCUUUUCAUACGACACUCAUGCACUUGUUUUCGUCUGCAGCUGCUUCAGACACCGAGCUAAAAGUUCAGCUCAAAUUUGUGUAGUUUUCUUCCCUGUUAGUUAUUUCAUCAUGAUGUAUAAAAACGCACACAUUCUGAUUUUCAAUCUUCUUUUAUUUACCUUUUAUUUUCUCCACCAAGGAGGUUGUGUUAGCAGUGCGGUUUGUUUAUCUGUCUGUAAGCAGGUUGGAGCAGAUCUGAGUCGGCCACAAAUUUUCACUUUUGCUCACGUGGUAUUUACCAUAAAUCUUAGUCCAGUAGAUGGCAGUACAGUUCAAUACAAGGAGCAAUCAAAAAGUUCUGGAGCUGUUCCUCGCAUUCUCUGCACAUUUGUGAGCAGAGAGCAAAGAGCAAACAUCAAAUUCUGUGUCCGAUUCGCUCAGGGAAUCAGAAGCGGAGACUCUGGAAACGCUUCAGCAAGCCAGCGGGAAUGAAGCACUGAGCUGGGAGAGGCGUUCACGCUUUAAAGGAACAGUCCACCGUACUUCCAU